UCACAGCCCCUCACUGGCUCACACACAAUAGCAACUUGAGAUUUCCAAGGAGAUCGGUAUUACAGUACAUAAGAUGAGUGGAGGAGGGGAAGUGGUGUGUGUGACAGGAGCGUCGGGGUACAUAGCCUCAUGGCUGGUCAAGCUUUUACUCCAUCGCGGUUACACCGUCAAGGCCACCGCGCGCGACCUCAGUGAUCCAGCUAAGGUUAAACACUUAAAGGCGCUUGAAGGAGCUAAGGAAAGACUCCAACUAUUCCAAGCCAACUUAGUUGAAGAAGGAUCUUUUGAUGCUGCAGUUGACGGUUGUGACGGCGUCUUUCAUACUGCAUCUCCUGUCGUAUUUGAUAAUAUCAAUGAUCCCCAGGUGGAACUUAUACAACCUGCGGUUAAUGGAACACUCAAUGUUCUUAGAUCAUGCCUCAAAGUCCCGUCCAUCAAGCGAGUCGUGCUAACAUCUUCAAUCGCGGCAGUUUUUAGCAACAGAAAUGCGAAAACUAGUGAUGUUGUAAUUGAUGAAAGUUCUUAUUCAGAUCCAACAUUCUGCAAGGAAAUUGAGGUGUGUAUUGUUAUGUCAAAGACAUUGGCAGAGGAGGCUGCAUGGAAAUUUGCGGAACAAUAUGGUAUUGACUUGGUAGUGAUGAAUCCUGGACUAGUUAUUGGUCCUUGCCUACAACCAACUCUGAGCGUCAGUCUUAAGAUUUUUCUGGACUUCAUUACACAAGGGAAAUGCUCUUGCUCGAUUGAAGGAGGUUGCGUACUUGUUGACAUUAGAGAUGUCGCUUACGCACAUGUUCUAGCAUUCGAGAAUGCUUCGGCUAAAGGCAGAUACUGUUUAGUUGCAGAAACAUUGACUUUUUCCGACACCUCUAAUAUUUUACGUGAUCUUUACCCGACUCUCAAUCUUGUCAAGAGAUUAGGACAGAAUCAACCAACACUCAAAUGCUUCCAAGUAUCCAAAGAGAAGGCAAAAUCUUUAGGCAUAAAUUUCAUACCUAUGGAUCAAAGUUUCAAAGACAUUGUCGAACUUCUCAAAGAGAGAAAUUUGCUUGUUUGAUGAUCAUAUGAUCAGCUCAACAAUAUGCUGAAAAAAUAGAGAUUUGCAUGUAAUAAAUGCCAUUAUGAUUUUUUUUAAUAUCCUUAAAUUGCACAAUUUUAUUACCUUGUGAGUGAACAAGGUGGGUUGCUUGGAUGCUUAAUUCUAUUUAAGUUA